AGCAUGGCCAGUACGGUAUGAGCCGUCAGAGGGUGAGCAUCCCAGUUUUCACUUACUAAAACGUUAUCACUGGGACACUGGGAGGAGGAGAAGACCACCAAGCAUGUUCAAGACCAGCUACCGGCGCGAAGUGCGCAAGGAAAAAUAUGAGCACUCUGAUGUAUUUGAGGAUCAAGGCGAAGCGGGGUCCGAAGGCCCUUUCGGCAGUUCCAGCGGGGUACCUGGCUUGGAGAGCCUGCAGGAGCUGAACAGCCGUUUUACCCGCUACAUCAACAGGGCCCGUGUGCUGGAACAGCGCAAUGCAGUUUUCCGCAAGCAGCUGGAGACGCUGCAGCACAUGGAAGAGGCGGCCGGGCUCGAGGAGGUCUUCAGUGAGCAGAUCAGCACAAACCAAGAGCGUAUCCGUGAGCUUCAGGCUGAGCGCGCCAAGCUGGAGAGAGAACUCAAGGAUGCCGAGCGCCUGCUGGAAGAGUUUAGUGACAGAUACAGAAACGAAUGUGAAUAUCAAGACCAACUCCGAGGGACUCUGGAGCAGCUCAAUAAGGAGGCAGACGCUGCACUUCUGAGGAACCUGGAGUAUCAGAUUGAGUCUCAGUUCCUGCAGGAUGACAUAAGCGCCACAAAGGAGAGACAUAAAAAGAAUCUUGCCGAGAUACAGACAUACUUGAACAUCCUCCACCAGCUCAACCAGACUGUUGUUUUAAUGUCCAGUGUGUCAAUGGGGAUUUCAGAGGAGCAGGAGAAGCUGAUAAGUCAGAGGAGAAUUCCUGCUUUGAGCACUCAGUUAGAGGAGUAUAAGAGUGCUCUCUGUCAGCUGCAGGCACAAAAGCACAAGCUGCAAACUGAGACCUCAGCACUGGAGCAGGCCAUCAAGAUCACACAGGAGAGUUAUGAUGAAGAGAUCCAACUGUAUAAUGAGCAAAUCGAAUCGCUCAGAAAGGGCAUUGAGGAGGCUGAGUGCUUGCUGGAGAAAUACACCAACGAGUGCAGACAGCUGGCGGUGUACCAGACCUCACUGGAGAGCGAGCUGGAGAGAUACAAGAGGAUCAUUGAGAAUGAAGACAGCAGACUGAAUUCAGCUAUAAUUGGAAGCCCCAUUAGUCUGCUCACCGCCAAUUACAGAUCACACACUCACAGCCCCACCAUGACCAGCCGAGGGAAAGAUAUCACUCAAGCCUUCCAGGACAUUGCCAGUGUCAAGCCCCGUCAAAAGAACCAUGCCAAGAAGGUGAUCAAAAAGAAAGAGGUUACCUCUAAAGACAUGACAGAGGAUGUGCAAGAGGAAAAAGACCCUGUUGAGGUUGAAGGAGAGGGAAAACAAGCUGCUCUGUCGAAGGAUGCACCUUGGAACGACGUGCCUGAUGGUGCCCAGAUCAGCAAGGCUUUCGACACGCUCUGCAACAUUGUGCGCAACCGCAUGCGAAGGUACAGGCAGCCUAAACCUAUCACUGAUUUCUAUACUAAAGGCCGCUAUGUCCUGGUGACAGGUGAAUCCAGCUACCUGGACCCCUGCUUCUACAGCACAACACCCUCUGGCCACAUCAUCACCAUUUGUGAAAACGACAUCUCCCCGUUCGAGCCCUGUGAGCCUAAAACUCCUUCUCCUCCACCUAGUCCCUCCCCUGCUACCCCCAAAAUUCCAGUAAUUCCUCCCAGUCCCCCAGAUGACAACCACACCAAAAACAAAGACGGUGAGUCAAAUGGGAAGGAAGAUGGUGAUGACCCAGGAAAGAGCCCAACUCCACAGCGUGGCAAGGAUAAGCACAACAAAGACAAAAGUAGGCCACGAGGCCCUCCACCCAUUACCUCAAGCUCCAGCACAACUCCGGAUUCCAUGAGCUACGAGAAGGUGGAAGUGGUGGAGUCUGUGGAGAAGCUUUCACCUGACCUCAAAGUGAAAGGAUAUGAGGAAACUUCAAUGGUGAUGGAGACCUUGAUUGAAAAGACAAGCAAAAAGAAGCAUGGGGACCGGCCUACAUGAGAAGACUCUGGUUUUUGGUGCUGCUUUUCAUCCCUAAGCCAGUACUUUUCACUAAUAUCGUUUGCCAAAAGCGUUUUUGAUCAACAGCCACAAGCCAAGAAACCCUGAGUUCAAAAGUUGCUGUUAUUGGUUCAUUUGAAAAAUUAGUAAUUACCAGUGGCACAGUUUUGCAGUGUACUAAUUAAUGAAUAAAUAAUCAACAUGCUUAAAUGUAAUGUUCUGUGUUGUUUAUAUCAUACAAGUACAGAGUUCAGGUCAUGGGCAUAGCAGCAUUUAAAUGUAAUAUUUUAUAUAGAAAGGCACGAUGAAGCUCGUAUUUCACGGGGUUAUCACUAAAGCAUGGAUUCACACUGUAUGAAGUCUCUCUCUCUCUAUUUCUCACUCUGCAGCAUGAAGUGAAUGUGUUUGUCUAAGUGAGCCAGCUGGAGAUGACGCUCAUCCAUUUUACAUGAAGGUGGCCCAGUGGUGUACAGAUGUGACCUCUGCAUAAUCUACUUUCUGAAGCGAGCGAUAACCAGAAUCUGUUUGGGUCUGUCUGUAAUCUCCUUUUAAAUUAAAAAAAAAAAAAAAAGGUCAUCUAUGUGUAACAUUUAAUUAUAUGGGAAUAAUUAUAUUAGGCUACAGACUAAAUCAUUUUUAGAUAUGGACAGAUAACAAAUGAAAGGGGAAAAAAAACAGUGUUUCGGUUAUGCUGUAGCAUUUUAUUGGAAUGGUUGGGGUCUACUUGUCUCCUUAGAUGGAAGACACUGCAAAUCAAUACAUAGUACUUAUAG